CAGACGUUAAGUCAAUGUCUGGUAGACGUAAACAACAAAAUGACAACAAAUAUAGUUUUAUUAUAGUUUGUAGUAGAUAUGAAAGAAUAAAUAGUCUCCAAGUUUUAAAAAUCUUAAUAGUGUAAAAUAAAGUGUUUAUUUUAAUAUUCAAUAUAACCAAAUCACAACCAAAAUGGAAACUGAGAAAGUGACAAUGUUGAGAUAUAGAGGUUCGAAAUUAAGUAAAGUUAAGAAACUAGACAUUUUUCCGAAAGUUGACGAAACUUUUAAAGAAACUUCUUCAGUUGGUGGUACAUUUUCAAUAAUAAGUUUUUUGAUAAUAAUUGUUUUGGUAUAUUCAGAAGUUAACUACUACUUGAAUAGCAAAUUCAUGUUUAAAUUCUCACCUGAUAUACAUUUUGAUGAAAAACUCAAAAUAAACGUUGACAUCACUAUCGCUAUGCCUUGUCACAAUGUAGGUGCAGAUAUAUUGGAUUCCACAAACCAAAAUGCCUUCAAAUUUGGAAGUUUAGAGGAGGAAGACACUUGGUUUGAGUUAGCUCAUAACCAACAGAUCCAUUUUGACAACAAAAGACAUUUCAAUUCGUAUCUUAGGGAAGAAUAUCAUGCAGUAAAAGAUCUGUUAUGGCGCAGCAGUUUUUCCACCCACUUUGGCGAACUGCCGCCCAGAAAUCACAAUCCAGAUAGGCCGUAUGAUGCCUGUAGGAUAUUCGGAUCGCUUAUACUGAAUAAAGUAGCCGGUAAUUUCCACAUCACCGCAGGAAAGAGUUUAAAUUUGCCUAGAGGUCAUGUCCAUAUAAGUGCUUUCAUGACCGAAAGGGACUAUAAUUUUACUCACCGGAUAAACAAAUUUAGUUUUGGAGAUCCGAGCCCCGGUAUUGUACAUCCCUUGGAAGGAGAUGAAGUUAUCAGUCGUGAUGGUAUGACUUUGUUUAACUAUUUUAUUGAAGUUGUCCCCACGAAUAUAAAUACCUUUCUCACCGCCGUUAACACUUAUCAGUAUAGUGUAAAAGCACUCAGUCGGCCAAUAAAUCAUGACAAGGGCAGUCAUGGGAUGCCAGGCCUGUUUUUUAAGUACGAUGUGUCUGCUCUUCGAGUCACUGUUAGGCAGGAAAGGGACCAUCUUGGCGUGUUCCUUGCUAGGCUGUGUUCUAUUAUAGGGGGAAUUUACGUUUGUUCAGGUAUAUUAAAUAGUAUGGUGCAAUUUAUCCUAGAUCUGAUUAUGUGCAAUUGGGGAAAUAAGGCUUUGGAAAAAGGGAAUGUUCACUUAGCAAGUGAAAAACCUCCAUUAAAUAAUGUACCUGUACCGGUGUCGUAGUGAUUACUAUUCACCGCUGCGCCACUAUAAAACAUCACAAUAAAAUAAUUUUAUCUUUU